AUGAGGCAGAUGAUGGUGGUCAUGUCCACCGUGGAGCUAUGGUCCUCUUUGAAGGCUUUGCAGCGCGGGUCGUCGGAGGACAAGCAAGUCAGCUUGACCUUCAGUUCUCUGGGGCCAAACCAGGUCUGUGACGUGGCGCUGGACGGUCGCACGGCCACGUUGCUUUUUGAAGACCUGAAACAAGACACGGCGGAGGACGGCCUCAGGUGGGCGAUAGAUGCCAGCUUCAAGUCCUGCACAGAUGGAGUCACCACAUUUCUGCUGCUGAUCCAAGGCGCCCAUUACACCGCGAGGGAGAGAAGAAUGGUGGAGACCCUGCAGGCCCACUUCGGAGCGGAGGCUUUGAGGUACCUGAUAGUCAUCUCUCUGGAAGACGCCAAGGUCGCCGACACACUGGACGACGCCCUCCUGGAGCUGCUGAACGUGUGCGACGGAAGGUACUGCAGGAUCACGUCGUCCGCAGCCCAAAACGGGCUGGGCGCUCUACUCAAGAUGCAGGACCGCGUGCUGGGCGAGAACGGCGUGGCGGGCUACACGGAGGCCAUGCUGACCGAAGCCAGGAGGAGGAGCACGGAAGACUCGGCCAUGCAGAUCCUGAGACGGAAGGCGCACGAGGCGGGGGAGCAGGAGCGGGCGUUCAAGCAACGCGUCCAACAGCAAGAGGCGAGGAGGGCCAAGGAGAUGGAGGAGCUGAAGGCGAGACAGGCCGAGGAACGAAAGAGGGAGUCGGCGGGAAAAAGGCAACACGAGACCAAGAGGGAGAGCCUGGAGGAGGCGGUGAUGAGCCACGGGGCCAUGCUGCAGAUCCACACCACAGCCACCGAUGAUAACGAUACAAGGAAGAUGUCGGCCAUCUUGUUGGGUCUUUCUGGCAGCGGCAAGUCCUCCGCCCUGAAUCUCAUCCUGAAGAGGGCAGGCAACCAGUACUCGACCGAUGAGUCCGCCCCCGAACCCCCUCAGCGACUCAUCCUGGUGGACACCCCCGAGCUGUGGGACGAGGACGGGGUGGAACAUCUGGAGCUGGUCAAGGACUGCCUGGCUUUGUCCUUGCCUGGACCCCACGUCUUCCUGCUGGUGCUGCAGGUGGAGCGCUUCACCCAGGGCGAGUGCCAGAUGCUCGGGCACCUGCAGAGGAUCUUCGGGCGAGACCUGGCGGAGCACGCCGUGGUCCUCCUCGUUCGCCUGGACGGCGACCGGCGCAGGCCUCAGGCCAUCAACGACCACGUGGCCGGAGCCCACGCCGCCCUGCGGGAUCUCAUCCGCAAGUGCGGCAGCCGCUUCUACGAGCUGAACCUUUCGCAGUCCCAGAAUGCCGUGAGCUACCCUCAGGUGAGGGACCUGCUCUCAGGGAUGGACAAGCUGGUGGCCUCGCACGGAGGACGCUCCUACACGAGCCGGAGAUGCACAACACACGGACUCAACUGCAUGAAGACAAGAUUGUUUGUCUGA